AAAAAAAAAAAAAAAAAAAGUUGAGAUAAAGAAAGUAUUUGCCGGUGUCUCUUCUGCCAGUGCUGCGACACUGUCUUGGGGCGAUUUGACAAACCAAUUCCCGUCCAUCAAGCACCCCCUGGCUCGCUUGCGUCUGGCGAAUUUUUGAAUUUUUGAUACAAUGACGGACUCCACGCCAUUCACGAUGGAGGGAAGGUAUACGCGGUUACAAUAAUGGGGGGCCGGAAACCAUAAUCUUCAUUCAAUUUCGUGCUGCUUACCCCAGUCUCUUCUUUGCCAACUCGAAACACCGAGAUCUAUCCGCAUCGCGUCGGGCAAUGCGAUGCGCUGGGGUCCGUUUUAUGGCCCCAUGGCCAUGGUCCAUAGACAAACAAAGUGAUAAAUCCAUGAAUCCAUGAAUCCGGGGUUCCCUCCCGAUUUGAACAAGGCGUUUGCGGGACUUGCUUCUGCACUGUUGGGUUGUGAGACUUACUACGGAUUAGUUCUGGGGAACGUUUCAUUACAUAAAGCUCGUCGACCAGCCGCUUCUCGUCUCCUCAUAUGCCUCCAAACAAAAUGCGGGCAUUUUCGACUGAGAUAUCAACUCUUUGAUUUCCACCAAAAUUCUCUACUACUUACUACGCAGCGUAUACGACAGAGGAUUUCUCCUGAUCUGCCACUGCUGCUGGUAGCUUGCGCGCUAGUUAGUUCCGGAUUUAAGCAUUUUAUUCCGGGUUCUGCCUUUUUCCUUCGAUUUUUAUUCUUCGCUUCUUCUUCGCGCCUCUGGCUGAAAGUGGCUUGGUGGCGCAAACCGCCCCCAGAUUGGCAAAACAGAAGUGGACAUCAACAGACGAUCAGGACGAUUACGAUUCUCUACAGCGUUUCAAUUAACUUUAUUAUCUUUUCCCAACCGCCUCAUGCUGAUGGCUGACUCCAUGAGUGAGCCCGGGUUUGACCUCUGAUUGUGGUUUUGGCUGGAAUGGAUUUUGGCUAGGCACGCACCGGCUUUCUCAGACUCAGACGACUUUUCUCUUGUCCUGCAAACAGACCUUCGUGGAAUGGUUUGCUUGAGGAAUCAUCCAGGUUAGCGCGCUUUCCGCGUCCAUUGGAUGGGUGCUGCGUGGAAAUUCCGCGGAGUCCGGGGGUGGAUUUCGAUAUUGGGGAUCGGCAGGGCUCAGCUCUGAUUAUUUUUUCUCUCAGGACCACUGGAACAUGUUUGGUCAAGCGCCUUUGGCCUUCUCUUUUCUUUUUUUGUUUUUUCAAAGCUUGUCCUGCUCUGGUUUAACGUUAGUUUCUGGGGUAAUGCCUUGGCUGCAGCGGACCUCGAUGAUAUAUCCCUGCAGGCGCCAGAAUCCCUGAGCAGCAAGGGUGCGGAUGCGGCGCGAAGCAAAACGAGUAUUUUUCAUGGCUGGGCAUCGAAAAGCGCCGGCUACACACGGUAGUAGAUACUUGCUGUCUAGGAACUACUGCAUGAUUCAAUUAAUCCGAUAGUUUCUUUGCUUCCCUCGCCCCUCCAAAAACCAAAAACCCCGACUCACCCAUGUUCCAAUCCAAGUCGUUGGUCAUCUUUUAGUCCGGGAUCUUCAUGCUGGGCCAAUCUGAUGUUUGACAUCCCCAGCUCCUUGUUAAACGACAUGCUGUCUCUCAAUCCUGCCUGCGCUCACCACCCCGUCUGACAUGGGUGCUUCUCACCUGUCCUGUGAGUUCUGAGCGCAUUAUUGGCAAGGCUCAAUGCGGCCAGGAGUGCAAAAAACAGAAUGCAACCAUGAUUGGGUUUUUUUUUUUUUUUUUCCCUCAAGUAUUCGACAACGAUGCAAGCUAGGAUCCCGCAUGUUGCGGAUCUCCCCUGCCAAACAACGGGUGUUUUUUGACUUUGGGGAUAGAACAGCGUACUGUCGUUGCAGCUUAAAAAUACCGGUUUUGGCAUGGACAAACCCCGUCGUCCGUGCACCAUUUUGAACCAUUUUGAAAGACGGGGAGGAAAUUGAAAGUCAAAAAUCCACCUUGUCAAACUUACACCCGUGGAUAAUCAUGGAAACACAGCAACCCAACAACUCAUCAAUAACCGUUUGUAUGGAGCUAACCAGAUAAUCCGCGGCUCUCCCAAAGCAUGCGAUGUCAUGUCCUAGAGAGGAGAAAGUGGACAGUUUCUCGCCCGAGAUGCGCCUUUUGCGCCAUUAUGUUUUAUUCACAGUAACUAACCAAGCUCGCAAAAAUGUCUGCUGAAUUGUAGAGGCUUAUGUAUAUUUUGAGCACAUUAUGAUAUCAUUCAGGUCUAGAGAAUUUGUGGUUCUUAUUUUGGGGGGAGAGGGCAGCGCUUGAUGUCGACACAGCUUCAUCGCAUAUGGUCUAUGGAAACCUAACCCAUGGAGAAAUCCCAAAUUAUUUCUCUGAGAAUGAAAUUAUAGUUGAAUGUAGCUACUUAGCAGGUUAUCUAUACGCCUGGGUAGGUAG